GGGAAGAGAAGUUUAGAGGCAAGAGUGCAGACAGCCAGUCCAGUCCGGAACACCUUCCGAGUACCAGCGAAACUCUCUCCCGACGUUCGACCAUCCGAAUAAAAGACGACAAUGCCAGCAGGCGAGGAACUGAGCACACUUUUGGAACGAAGGGCCCAGAUCAACGAGGCCCUCGACCAAGGGAUCGCCGUCGAACACCAGUUCAGGGCCCACAGGUCUAUCUAUGCGGAAUUCCACGAAUUUACGAGGAAGCAGAUCAAAGAAUACGAAACCACAUUCAACAAGUAUGAUGAAGGUCGAGAUGGAUAUUUGGACUUGAAUGAUAUGAAAAGGAUGAUGGAAAAGCUUGGUGCACCCCAGACGCAUCUCGGGCUAAAAGCAAUGAUUAAAGAAGUGGAUGAAGACGGAGAUAACAGAAUCAGCUUCCGCGAGUUUAUGUUGAUCUUUCGCAAAGCUAAAGCAGGCGAGCUUGUCGAGGAAAGUGGCCUCUCCCAAUUGGCAAAACUAACCGAGAUCGAUGUCGAUCAAGUCGGAGUCGGAGGCGCCAAAAACUUUUUCGAAGCCAAGAUCGAAGAAUUGAGAAGAAGCAGCAAAUUCGAAGAUGAAAUCAGGCAAGAGAAGGAAGAAAGGAGAAGGGAGGAAGAAGAGAAAGCACAAAGGAGAAUAGCUUUUAAGGAGAAGGCCGCUAGAUUCCAAAAUGGUGUCGCCUGAAAAAUUAAUGACCACUUCAGCUUUUCCACCUGUACAAAUCGAACGGAAUUGACAUGAAAAUAAUUUGUAUUUUGUUACCCGCUAAGAAUUGAAAGAGACUGAGCUUUGUAAACAAAAUGGUUUUUGAAGAGUAAGCAGAGGAAACAAGUUUUUGCAUUGUGGAUAAAUAGUCAAUUUUUAGUAUAUUAAAAUGUGUUAUUGUAAUAUAAAUGAUAUAAUGGCUUUUUUCAA